UACAUUCAUCAACCAUCCAAACAUCUCUCUACUACAUACACCAAUACAACAAUAUACCCAAAAACUUAUCAACAUGCGCUUCUCAACUCUCGCCACGGCUCUCGCCUCCAUAUCCUCCGCCUCAGCAGCAAUCUACGGCAUCACCGUCCCCGCCGUUCUCUCCCCGAACGUGACUUUCCCACUCACCUUCAACUCCAACCUCGACCAGUCGAGCUCUCUCGACGUCGCUGUAGCCUACGGCUUUAGCGCUCCACCCGCAUACCGCGGCGCUCUCGGCUUCAACUACAAGACCAUCUACCUCGCCGGCGAGGAGUCGGGAUACAAAAUGGGCACCAACUACACAGUCGACGUGCUGGCGCCCGGAGCUAUCGCAGGCUACAACGGAUCCGUUGUUGUUACAGCGUCUGUGUACCAGAUUUUCGGAUACUCUGGUGUUUACAGGUUGAACACGUUCAAUGUUACUGUCGAUGUUGGCGACGCGUCGCCUGAUGAUGGUGUUGUUUUCAGUGGCAAUGGGGAUACCAAGGCUACUUGUUCCCUUUAGGUCACGUGCGUAUGUUAUCGGGUAAAAACGACCAUGAAAGCCACUGAUAUGGGAAUCAUGGUAGACAGCGGUUAGUAAUGUUAGAAUAAUGUCUGCAAUAGAAAGAUAUUCAUGUAAAUAAAAACGGGUCAGUGUUUUCUCUUCACCGUUCUCAGCACCACAUGGC